GGCGAUACCGCCGGCACAGUUCGGCCACGUACCGGGGGAACGUCAAAACAACUCUCUUCCUGGCCGCGGUCACCCGAUCGCUGAAUGGUUUCCGGGGGUCAGCGAGGGCAGACUGAUAGAGUGAAGUAAUCGAGGUUUUGCCCGAUGCAGAUGGUGUCCCGACAGGGACGUGCAAAGUGCAGUGGCGAAGAGUUUAGUUCGUGAGCUUCAAUCAGCGCGAGUAGUUGCGCUGUCAGCGACUUUGGGAUCCGUUUUUUUUUAUUCGUGGACAAUCUUCAAGGAUGACGAUCAGGAUCGCUCUCAUACAGCUGCGUGUGGUGGAGUCGAAGGAGAAAAACCUCAAGAACGCGUGUGAUCUGAUACGCAUCGCUAAGAAGGAAAAGGAGGCGAAUGUGGUCGUACUUCCCGAGUGCUUCAAUGCGCCGUACUCGGUCGAUACGCUGCGGGACGAGGCAGAGGAAAUACCUGACGGGCAGACCAGCCGGGCGUUGUCUAAUGCGGCCCGAGACUUUGGUGUAUACGUGGUUGGUGGUUCGAUCGUGGAAUCGUGUGGAGGCCGGUUGUACAACACCUGCACCGUUUGGGGCCCGGAAGGGGAUCUGGUGGCAACGUAUCGGAAGGUCCAUCUUUGUGAUUCAAGCCUCAGUGGAAAGACAACGGUGGCGGAAACAAAACUCUUCACCGCUGGCAGCCAGUACGCGACCUUCACCGUCGGUGAUACCCGGAUCGGGUUGGGCAUUUGCUGGGAUAUGCGGUUCGCCGAGUUUGCCACCGCCUAUCGCGCGAUGGGCUGCGAUCUGCUAAUCUAUCCGGCCGUGUGCGAUGUUCCGACCGGUGAGCAGCACUGGGAGCUGCUGGCAAAGGCACGUGCCCUGGACAAUCAGACAUUCGUGGCGUUCUGCUCACCGGCACGCGAUACACACGCCAAGCUGAUCCCGUACGGUCACUCGCUCGUGGUAGACCCGUGGGGUCAGGUUAUUCAACGAGCGACCGAAUUUCAGGAGAUUGUCGUUGCGGAUCUUGUGCUGAAGGAGCUGACCGAGGUUCGCCAACGGAUACCGGUGUUCGAACAGAAACGCUCGGAUCUAUAUGAACUCAAGGUUGGCUACUCGUGAAUUAUACCAAAUUUCGAUUCUUCUCGGCGAUAUAUGUGAGAAUAACGUGUGUAACACUUGUUUAUGGAUAAUUAAAUUUGUACACGCUUCAAAGGGCGUUUUUAA